AAUGGGCCCACUCUCCCUGCUGAGGUCGGAAGGGGCGAUCAUAUCUCAUUUUACUAUGAUGACGGGCAAAAAACGUUUUCCUGCCAGUUGGAUAGAAUUUUCUCCUACUGGAGAAAAUGUCGAUAUCGGAUGUUACCGCGCAUGCUGGGAUUCUUACUUCGAUUUAUAUAGUGUCGGAUCUUUGAAAACAUCAUACGCACCUCCGGAUCUCGACGUUCCAACUAAUUGGACUGGUUUCCGCGAAAUAAACGGCGAAACUCUCUGUGAGAGGAACCAUUAUGCAAGGUACUUUCAGAGGUGUUACAUAUCGCAAUGCGGAGGGCUGAAAGCAGUAAUACCGAUACUUCCAAACAACUUCACUUGGGAUGAUAGUUUGAGAGCAUGGGCUUGGAUGAGUGUGUAUAUGGACGUAUACAAUUCAGAUCUGAUGGAACGAUUUCUCCCAUCAGAGAAGCAAAAAAGGAUCACGACAUCCUGGGACGGUUUUCCGCUAGGGCUUACUGCUGCUUGCUCAAGAGCCCCGGAUCAAGUUUUCAUGCCUGACCUGAAUGACGAUGAGCUGAUCCGUUUGAAAAACAUGAACUCCAGUGAAGGACGAUUUCCGGUUUCACUAUCCACGAGAAAGAUGUUAAUGCCGAUGUGGACGUUUCCCAACCUCCUUCAGCACUGGGAUUACACACCAGAUUCGAGAAAAGACGAGGACAAGAUCCAAGAACCGCGAUCGCUCAUGGACCUGCGCAAGAGUAUAAUUGCUACCUAUCUGUUCGCUUUCGUAGCUUACGCGCAUUUACUGUCAAUCACUUCGAGAUCACAGGCCUAUGUUGUGGAGGGAGCACACCUUCUGGCAUUCUGUUUGAAUCCUUUCCUGCCAGUGUUACAGAUCCUGCAUAACAUUAUCGAUGCAGGAUUGCUUAUACUGAAAGGCGAGCCGUUCGAAUGGCUCUAUCUCUUCGCUGGCAUACUUGGCACUAUCUUCUACCAAGAUGCCUCAGGCAGUAGAGAAUCCUUUCGAGCACGACUCUUGGAGAUAGAGGUUAUCGAAUUCACAACCACAAGGACUUUAAGAGACAGCAAGUGGUGGCUAAGGCUCAUUGGCAUCGCCGUGAAUCUUGCACUCCUCCUUUUCUCCGUGAUCCCGUACUUUCUUCGACUAGGACACCGCGCGGCCACCGGCAUCGAUCAUCGUGUCGGCUGGGUUGCCAUGUCGGCCUUGGUCUCUACUCUUGCUACGCUCGCCAUGCAUGCCAUUGGCAGAGAAUGGACGCUCCGUCUCCACGUGCCGCCACAUCGCAAUACCGAGCGUUGGCAGACCCGCCUGGCCCUUGCAAUGGCUAUGGCAACAAUGCUACUUGAAUUUCUCCUCAAUGCUACGAGCCGUAUUACUGCUACCCAGAUCUUAUUCACCCGCAUCUUGCAAGGCAGAGAACAUUUGCUGCUUGCGCCAUUAGUUACAUUGGUGCUUGGAAUUACAUCUGCAUGGGGCACGCUUUCACGCAUGUAUUCAAAUCCGAAUAGAUGGUUUCAUAAGGCAAUGCCUUGGAUUUUUAUCAGCAUUGCUUCGGGCUACACGAUAUUAGUCUGCCUAUUGCAGAUCUUUAUGGACAUGGAGGAGUGUGCCGAUCUGGCCCUGGAUUUCGUGCUUCCUUGGAAUGCCCGAUGGCAGGUACAGAGCCCGAGAUGGGCACAGUGGUGGGGUUUAUGAGUGCUCUAACGCGACUUUUUUU